AUGAGUUCUCUUGCGGACGAGUUGCUCGCUGAUCUCGAAGGUCUCUCCGAAGGCGAGGAAGAAUUUGAGGACAAUGCCGAGCAAAAGGAACCACAGCCCGAGGCGAGCGGGUCGUCUGCGGCAGCAGGCGUGAAGCGCAAGGCAUCUGCAUCGGACGACGAGAUGUCCGACGUCGAAGGCGAGGAAGGCGAGGGCGAGGACCAAGAGGGUGCAAUUGGAAGUUUAGUCUUGGAAGGAGGCAUCAAGCCCGCAGAAGAAUUGGACGCGGAUGAGGUGCAGCGCAUGGAACUGGGCAAGGUGGAUGAUGUCCGGAAAGUGGCCAGGUUGGAAGGAAGCAAGCGUAUGAACGACAUCCUCAAGGAAAUAGAGAAGUACCAGGCCAACCCCAGCACCACGGAGCAGAUGUCUAUGCCCACACAUUCCAACCCCGAGUACAACCUCAUUGUGCAGGCCAACAACCUGUCAGUAGAUGUGGACAACGAGAUCAUGGUCGUGCACAAGUUCAUUCGCGACCACUACGCACCAAAGUUCCCCGAGUUGGAACAAUUGGUGACCGACCCUCCAAUGUACAUUCGCUCCGUCCGAGCACUGGCCAACUCCGAGGACCCGACAAAAGUCAACCUACAAGGCGUCCUGCCCCCUGCUAUCAUCAUGAGUGUUCUCGUUACCGCGACUACGACCUCGGGACAGCAACUCCCCGACUCGGAGUGGCAAGCUGUCGGACGCGCGUGUGAUCUCGCCGACCGCCUGGAGGAGGCGCGGAAGAAGAUUUUCAUGUACGUCAGCUCACGAAUGAAUAUUCUUGCACCCAACCUAUCCGCUAUCGUCGGUACCACCACAGCUGCGAAACUGCUCGGUGUUGCUGGCGGGCUGUCGGGGCUUGCCAAGAUGCCUGCGUGUAACGUCCAUCUGCUUGGAGCGCAGAAGAAGAUCGCUGCCGGAUUCUCCUCAGUAACUCAACGGCGACACACAGGCUUCGUUUUCCAAUCCGAGCCUGUGCAACAGACACCACCGGAAUAUCGCAUGAAGGUGCAACGUACGGUCGGAGCAAAAUGCGCUUUGGCUGCGCGAAUGGACCUGGAGAGGUCGCGUAGAGAUGGUGCCUACGGUCAACAACUCCGAGAAAAGAUUGAGAAGCACAUCGACCGGCUCGCCGCACCACCUCCGGGCAAGAUUGUGAAGGCGCUGCCGAUUCCCAAUGACGGCCCGAAGAAGCGCCGUGGAGGAAAGCGCGCACGCAAAGCCAAGGAGGCAUACGCCCAAACUGAACUGCGGAAGCUCCAGAACCGUAUGGCGUUCGGAGAGGCGGAAGAGGAAGUCGGCGCGUUCGACCAGACCAAGGGUCUCGGCAUGAUUGGCACUGGCAAGGUCCGGGCAGGCGUUGGCGAGGCCAAGAGUCGUGCGAAGUUGUCCAAGGCGAACAAGUUGCGCGUCGCCGCGCUCACAAAGGCUGCGCAGAGCGGCACGGCGACGUCGUCAGGAACGGCGACAUCAUUGACCGUUACUCCUGUUCAAGGAUUCGAGUUGACGAACCGGUCAGCCGCUGCGCAACGUGUGAAGGAAGCCAACGAGCGCUGGUUCUCGAAUGGCACAUUCUCCUUCGUUGGACAGAAGGGCACCAGCACACAGAAGUAG